AUGGCAGAAGGAGCAAGAGCUCGGGACGUCAAAGGACUAGGCAAAAAUGGAUCAAUCGUCGACGACGUCGAGGAAACCGGCGGAUCCCACUCGGAGGCCCCCAUAAACGUCCACGGAGACGAGGAGGACCUUGUGGCGCGGAUGAACAAUCUGGAUCCCCCCGUGACGCCGGAGGAGGUGAGGCGCGUGAGGAGAAAGAUUGACCUGCGACUGCCCCCUUUCCUCCUCGUCCUCUACAUGUUCACCUGGCUGGACCGCGGGGCGCUGGGGAAUGCGGCGUUGAUGGGGAUCAAGGAGGACCUCGGCUUCUCCAGCGCAGACUUUUCCCUCGCUGUGAGCAUGUUCUUUGUGGGGACGGCCAUUUCCGACGUGUUUACGAAUAUCGGCAUGAGGUACAUUCGGCCUUCCGUGUACCUUGCUACGGCCAUGGCAGUUGCGGGUGGUCCGCGUGGCAUGUUUGCCAUCCGAUUCUUCCUCGGCAUCUUCGAGGCGGCCUUUAUCUCCGGAGCGCCAUACCUGACGACUGUCCUCUAUCCCAGAGAAGAAUGGGGCCGCCGGAUCAGCGUCUACCUCUCAGCGACGCCCCUCGCAGGCGCCUUUGGCGGCUGGGUCGCCUACGGCAUCUCCAAUAUCAAGAACCCGCUCGUGAAGCACUGGCAGGCCCUCUUCCUCAUCGAAGGCCUCGUGACCGUCGUCUUUGGCGUCGCCUGCCUCUGGGUCCUGCCCGACCGCCCGCACAACACGCGCUGGCUCACCCCGCGCGAGCGCGACGUGGCGACGUGGCGCAUGAUGCGCGACGGGAACCGCACGCACGGUCAGGUCCGCUGGCGCACGACGCUCGCGCAGCUGCGGCGGGACGGGCGGCUGUGGACGAAUAUCGCGAUUUACAUGGGCCAGGUGCUGCAGACGUACACGAUUGCGACGUUUACGCCCAUCAUCGUGGCCACGUUUGGGUAUGAUCACGUCAAGGCCCAGUUGAUGACGGCGCCGCCGUACUGCGUUGCUUUUGUCAUGGUGUUUGUGGUUGGGUACGCGAGCGAUCGGCUCCGGUCCUGUUCGGGGUUGCUGGUGGUUUGUUCCGUCGUUGCGGCCGUCGGCGAUCUCUUGCUCGCUGUAUUGCCGCCCACGGCAGCGGGCGCGAGGUACGGCGCGACAUUCUUGAUCCUGUCUGGGAUUUUGUCGGGUGUUACGCUGAGUAUUGGCAAUAUUACCAGUAACUGCUGCGGCGACAUCAAAAAGGGCAUCGCGACGGGGUUGUUCCAGGCUUUUGGGAGUAUCAUGGGCAUCGCCACGGGAUAUCUCUUCCCUUCGACGGACGGACCGAGCUAUAAGAAAGGGUUCUGGACGUUAUUUGCGGCAACGUGUUGGACUGGUGUCGGUGCUGCUUUCGUGACGGUGAUAAACAUCAGGGAGAAUAAGAGGCGGGAUCGAGAAUUUGGGAAACCACCUCAGGAAGAGGUAAUUGAUUAUGAAGAGAAUGGUCAGAUGGAAAAUCAUCCGUACUGGAGAUUCUACCAUUGA